AUGAGGCAGCUGAUCCGGCGGCUCUCCCGCGUCGGCAACUGCUCCUCUUCCCCGGCGAGGCGGCGCGGGAGCGGCGGCGGGGGGAAGAAGGUGCCGGAGGGGCACGUGCCGGUGUACGUGGGCGGGGCGGGGGAGGUCGCGGAGGAACGGUUCGUGGUGCGCGCGGAGCUGCUGGGCGCGCCGGCGCUGGCGGAGCUCCUCGGUCGAGCGGCACAGGAGUACGGGUACGACCACCAGGGCCCGCUCCGCAUCCCGUGCCCCGCCGCCGUCUUCCGCCGCGCGCUCGCCUCCGUGGCCGGCGACGAGGAGGAGGACGAUUCGAGCUAG